AUGGAGGAGUCAUCUAAUAGCAUGGUUAAACUCACAGCUUCCAAUUAUUCAAUUUGGAAGACUAGGAUGGAAGAUAUUUUGUACUGUAAAGAAUUGUUUGAGCCUAUUGAGUUGAAUGGGAUUAAACUGGAUGCCAAAACCGAUGAUGAAUGGAAGAAAUUAAAUAUGAAAGCCGUCGGACAUAUUAGGCAAUGGGUUGAUCAAAGUGUCUUCCAUCAUGUAGCCAAAGAAGUUGAUGCUUAUUUACUUUGGUUGAAGUUAGAGAGUCUUUAUGAGCGAAAGACUGCUCAGAACAAAGCCUUUAUGAUAAGAAGGCUUGUGAAUUUGAAGUACAAAGAUGGGCAAAAUGUUACGGAGCAUUUGAGUAAUUUUCAAUGA